ACUUUGUGUUGAACUGCACUGAUGAUGGACCUGCCUUGUGAUUCAGCGGCACAUGCUGAGGAGAUGAGACCAUCAAGCUGCAAGAUCGUGGAGCUCCAUGUGCUGUAUGUGCCAGAUGACCAGUGGAAUGUGAAGCUCAAUAAAGUUCCUGCUGAAGCCAUCGAGAGCUUCGUGUCUGCUGGCUUCAUCAGGGUUUAUCCUGAUGUGUCUCUGAGAGCCGUGAGGAGCGAGCUGGAUGUUCUCCUCGGAGCAGAGAGGAGCAUCAACAGGUUUUCCUUUCUGAAAUGUGUGGGCCGCAGUUUGGCUCUGGUCAAAAGCAAACAGGAGAAGGAUCUAAAAGUGAAAACGUUCGCUCCACCAUAUGCCCCACAGCCCGAGCUUUACUUGCUGCCCGUGGUGGAGAACGACAGCAGUGUUUGUUCACAGUCUCUCACCCUGGAAACUGGCAGCAUCUCCCCAGACCACCACAAGUCCUACAGCCUGCCAGCGGGAACAAAGGAGGCUGUUAAAUUCUCCCACAACCCCCUGUCUUCUCAACAGCCACCUCCCACCUCCGGCCUGGAGGAGGAGGAGGAGGAGAGGUGCAGCUUUUCAGAGGAGGACAUCUUCUCUUCUAAAAAGUCGGAAUGUGUGGAGCAGGAAGUUUGCUCCAGAAAGGCCAAAAAUCUAAAGGUGGUCCAGCCUGACUCACAGACCAAAGAGAAAGAGGAAAACUGCAGAAAGAAAAAACUCCACAAACAAAACAUAGUGAGCGGAGAUUCAGAAAAGGCAGAAUCUUCGGAGGACAGAGACUCUGGCUCGUGGGUCACGGACAGUCUCAGCAAAUCAAGAACCACAUGUACACUAAAGUCCAUCAGGAAUGAAUCCAAAGUCGAGGUGACAAAAAAUUCUGCUGCACUGUCUCGGCCUGUUCAGUGCUCGUCUCCACCUGCAGCUGAGGACGACCACAAACCUGCAGACGUUCAGAAAAACAGAGAGGAACUCAUGGCAGAAAUCAAGGUGAUGAGAGAGGAGAGGAAAUGUCUGGAGUGGACACGACAGGAGCUGCUGAGAAAGGGCAAAGACUUAUUGGCCCAAAACAGACACUGUAAGAACCAAGCCCGUGACAGCUGGAAAAAGAAAUAUUUUGUGACAAAGAAGGCAACAGCACCGCUGGAGGACAACCUGAAACAUUUGCAAGAAGGAUUAGAGACAUUUUACAACAAACUGUUGCAACAACUCCACGCCAGAGACAGCAGAGGCAAAGCCAGACAGCCUUGGAAAUCUACAAAGAAUGAGCUCAUCAUCCAGAUCAUGACAGAAAGCCACGAGAUCGACAGCCUGAAAAGGAAAGUAGAAGAUGCCAAGAUGAAGCUGGAAACAGAAAUAAAGCUGAGGAAACAAGCUGCCACAGAGCUGAGGGCCCUGAAGGCCGAGCUGGCCCAGAAGAGGAGCCAGUCAUCUCAUCUGGGGCCUGUAGCUUCUCUGAGCUUCGUAAAGAAUACACGGGACAAACUGUAAAUUCAAACCACCACAUCUACUGUAAUUUAGUCCAAAAACUGUCAAAUCAAUCAGCCGAAUAACAUAAUUUUUCCUGUGAAAUAUGAUUCACGUUCAGUUACUGUCUUUAUACAAAGGGUACUAUUUCAUACCUGUAUAUUUUGUCCUUUUAUUUCCUAAUUACUUGUGUGUAAUGGCCUCUUUAACAACUUGUUUUCAUUCUUGAUG